UUUGUCUGAAGCAGAAGUUUUUUGCGUCUGUCGCUCCUCGCCUUCCGCGGAGAGCUGCUGAAAAACUACCGCAGAGAAGAGAGAGAAAAUAGGCAGAGUUCGUGGGGAGAAAGAGAGAAAGAGGGAGGGUGAGACAGACAGAAAGAGAGGAAGAAGAAGCCGAGGGAGGACCGUUAAUUUCAUCCAUAAACCGACUCUGAAUGCGUGGCGGAGCCGAGCUGCAGGAAGAAAAAACCCAGCAUCGAGAUACAAAAACCAGUUUAAAUGUAUAACAUGGAUCAGGAUCAGGACCAGUACGAUGGCGAUGGGGAGAUUGCCUACAUGCACCAGGAGGAUGACUGGGAUCGGGAUAUGCUCCUGGACCCUGCAUGGGAGAAACAGCAGAGAAAGACAUUCACAGCGUGGUGUAACUCCCACCUGAGGAAAGCAGGAACGCAGAUCGACAACAUCGAGGAGGACUUCCGGGACGGACUGAAGCUCAUGCUGCUGCUGGAGGUCAUCUCAGGUGAACGCUUGGCCAAACCAGAGAGAGGCAAGAUGAGAGUCCACAAGAUCUCCAACGUCAACAAAGCGCUCGGCUUCAUCACCGGCAAAGGAGUGAAGCUGGUGUCCAUCGGAGCCGAGGAGAUCGUAGAUGGCAACGCUAAGAUGACCCUGGGAAUGAUCUGGACCAUAAUCCUCCGCUUCGCCAUCCAAGACAUUUCUGUGGAAGAGACGUCUGCCAAAGAGGGGCUGCUGCUGUGGUGUCAGAGGAAGACGGCGCCCUACAAGAACGUCAACAUCCAAAACUUCCACAUCAGCUGGAAAGACGGGUUGGGUUUCUGUGCACUCAUUCAUCGACACCGUCCAGAACUCAUCGAUUACGCAAAACUGCGAAAGGACGACCCGAUGACCAACCUGAACACGGCCUUCGACGUCGCUGAGAAAUACCUGGACAUCCCCAAGAUGCUGGACGCAGAAGAUAUCGUGGGCACAGCCCGUCCGGAUGAGAAGGCGAUCAUGACGUACGUCUCUAGCUUCUACCAUGCCUUCUCCGGCGCUCAGAAGGCGGAGACAGCGGCAAACAGGAUCUGUAAAGUUCUGGCGGUGAACCAGGAGAACGAGCAGCUGAUGGAGGACUAUGAGAAGCUGGCCUCUGAUCUGUUGGAGUGGAUCCGGCGCACCAUCCCCUGGCUGGAGAACCGCCUGCCGGAGAACACCAUGGCGGCCAUGCAGCAGAAGCUGGAGGACUUCAGGGAUUACCGCCGCCUUCACAAGCCGCCCAAAGUGCAGGAGAAAUGCCAGCUGGAGAUCAACUUCAACACGCUGCAGACCAAGCUGAGGCUCAGCAACCGGCCUGCCUUCAUGCCCUCCGAGGGGAAGAUGGUGUCGGACAUCAACAAUGCGUGGGGGGGUCUGGAGGGAGCGGAGAAAGGGUACGAGGAGUGGCUCCUCAACGAGAUCCGCCGACUGGAGAGACUCGACCAUCUGGCCGAGAAGUUCCGUCAGAAAGCAACGAUCCACGAAGCCUGGACUGAAGGUAAGGAGGCCAUGCUGCAGAAGCACGACUACGAGACGGCCUCUCUGUCGGAGAUCAAAGCUCUGCUGAAGAAACACGAGGCGUUCGAGAGCGACCUCGCCGCCCAUCAGGACCGAGUGGAGCAGAUUGCCGCCAUCGCACAGGAGUUAAAUGAGCUGGACUACUACGACUCCCCCAGUGUGAACGCUCGCUGUCAGAAUAUCUGCGACCAAUGGGACGCUCUGGGAGCUCUGACCCAUAAACGCAGCGAUGCUCUGCAGAGAACUGAGAAGCUUCUGGAAACCAUCGACCAGCUGUACCUGGAGUUCGCCAAACGAGCGGCGCCCUUCAACAGGAUUGAGCACGGCCCACGAGCAGUUCAAGGCCACGCUGCCCGAGGCGGACAAAGAGCGGCAGGCGAUCCUCGGCAUCCACAACGAGAUCGCCAAGAUCGUGCAGACGUACCACGUCAACAUGGCCGGCACUAACCCGUACACCACCAUCAACCCUCAGGAGGUCAACGCCAAGUGGGACAAGGUGCGGCAGCUGGUUCCUCAGAGGGACCAGGCUCUGAUCGAGGAGCACGCCCGGCAGCAGAACAACGAGCGUCUGCGCAGACAGUUCGCCAACCAGGCCAACGUGAUCGGACCCUGGAUCCAGACCAAGAUGGAGGAGAUCGGGCGCAUCUCCAUGGAGAUGAACGGCACGCUGGAGGAUCAGCUGACUCACCUCCGUCAGUACGAGAAGAACAUCGUCAACUACAAGCCAAAGAUCGACCAGCUGGAGGGAGACCACCAGCUGAUCCAGGAGGCGCUCAUUUUCGACAACAAGCACACCAACUACACCAUGGAGCACAUCCGUGUGGGCUGGGAGCAGCUGCUCACCACCAUCGCCCGCACCAUCAACGAGAUCGAGAACCAGGUCUUAACGAGAGACGCUAAAGGCAUCAGCCAGGAGCAGCUGAACGAGUACCGAGCCUCCUUCAACCACUUCGACAGGGAUCACUCGGGCACUUUGGGUGCGGAGGAGUUCAAGGCCUGCCUGAUCAGCCUGGGCUUCGAUAUCGCCAACGAUGCACAGAAGAGAUCAGGAUUCAUGGAUGCUGAAGACUUCAAAACCUGCCUUAUCUCCAUUGGUUACAACCUGGGUGAGAACGAGUUUUCCCGCAUCAUGAGCAUCGUGGAUCCCAACAGGAUGGGCAUCGUCACGUUCCAGGGGUUCAUCGACUUCAUGUCCCGAGAGACGGCGGACACGGACACCGCCGACCAGGUCGUCGCCUCCUUCAAGGUCCUGGCCGGGGACAAGAACUACAUUUUACCGGACGAGCUGCGCCGCGAGCUUCCUCCGGACCAGGCGGAUUACUGCAUCGCCCGCAUGGCUCCGUACUCCGGGCCGGACGGGGUCCCCGGGGCCCUCGACUACAUGUCCUUCUCCACGGCUCUGUACGGAGAGAGCGACCUCUGAACUCUGACUUCCUGCUUCAUCACCGCCACGUCCUCCUCCUCCUUCAGCACCAACCUCCUGUCCUCCUGCCAUCAUUUUUGUAUCUAGACAAAAAGCACCAGACUCCAUUGAUAGGUCAUUUUACCUGACCAGUGUAUGGGAGUUCCUGGUCCACUGCUGCAUGGAUCAGUUAGUUUGUGUUGUUGUGUGACUUCUGAGUUUUAAAAGGUUAGUUCAGAGUCCCCGAAAUCACACAAUAACACAGACUAACUGACUGGACCAGCAACUCCUGAGUCUGUGAGGUAAUAUUUCAGUUGUUCUAAUGGAGUCUGGUGGGUUUGGAGAGAGUGAUAUAACUUCAUUUCCUGUCAGAUAGGCCGCCUAACAGCGAGGUGAAGGUGUACGCUAUAUUAAGAAUAUUUUCAUGGCUUUACCUUGCUGUCAGACGGUCCUUUCUGUAGUGUAUCGCUCUUUCCAAAUACGGCAUGACCGCUUAACUCUGACCUGACUUCCUGCUUCAUCACCGCCACCAAACUCCUCUCCUCCUGCGAUCCGUUUUGUACGUCUCUGGCCUUAUCUUUAACCUCCUCUUUCCCCUCCCCCUCCUCCUCUUCCUCACUGUCUCCGUUGUAUUUGCUUCCCACGCAAUGCAGCAGCUCUCCAGGUUUACAAAGAGGGAGAGCGGUAAAAAAAAAAGUUUGUUAUUUUUCUGUUUUUAUUUUUCUCGUUGUCGUUGUUUUUCUUCAUAAAAUGAAUAAAGUUAACAUAUUUUAUUAUACUGAACAAACAAAAAAAAGAAAGGUAUUUUUCUUCACCCGAUUGAAAAUAAGAGACAAAAAUUGUAAUAAAAGAAAAAUUGCUAAA